UGUGACACAUAAGGGAUUUCCGUGAGUUGGAAUCAACUCCAUGGCAACUGGUUAUACAAACUCCUACUUGGAAUAUUAUUUUCCUUCUUCAUUAAGUUUGCAUAGGGAAGUAAUGGAAUAAGUUGUAGCCUUUAGUUCUUGAGUAGUUUGGAAUUUAAUGUUGUAUUUUUGGAAUGUAUUGUGGUAUUCUGAAUAAGACUUGGCUUCUGAUCCUGGUCUUUUCUCUAACUUGAACAUUUUGUGAAAUAAUGUAGUUGAACUAGAUUUUCUCCACUCUCCCUUCCUACUUUAAAAGAUCAAUAAUUUUAAUUUAAAAAUUGCAGAUGUUCAGAGUACACUUUAUGCUUUACACAAUAUCUGGCUUGUAAAUUAGUAUGUUUAGUGGAGUAAAUACUUUCCCUCACUAGGCCAUUUAUUUAUCUUUGAUUCCUGAAUACACUAAUUUAACUGUUGUUAAAACUAUCAAAGUGAGUUUUUGUCUCUAGCAAAUGUAAAAACUCAAGUUACACAUCAUGUUCAAAUUUGAUGUGGAAAGCACUUUGACUCUUUGGAAGACAUUUUCUUUUCCCAGCCCCUCAUAAGCAUAUUAUCUCAUUCCUUAAAUUUUCAUUCAACAGACUUUAUAUUUUUUCUCUCUGUGUCAAGUAUAAUGUUAAGUACUAGGGAAACACACCUGAAUAGAACAUCACUGAACUUGCUCUCCAGGAUUUUACAAUCUAGUAGGAGAAACAGAUUGCUAAAUACAUAGUCAUAGCACAAGUGCUAUCAUGGCGGUAGGAACUGAAUGCAGAUGUGGCAUAGUGGUGGCUUCAGGGAGUCAUCAAAGACUAGUUAGGUCUGGAGGAUGAAUAAAAGUGGCCAAGCAGAGGAAAUACAUGAAAAGCAUGGAGAAAUGAAAUGGCACCUACUAGUUGGUUCAGAAAUGAUAAAAGUGUUUAUACGUGGAGCAUAUUUAACAUGUUUUGGGGAAAAGUCUUAAAUGAAUUUGGGGCCAGACCCUGAAGGAUUGGGAAGCCCAUCAAAGUUUUAUAAGCAGGAGAAUGACCAGAUGUAUUUUUUAGUAUAUUACCUGGGGUCUAGGAGGAAGUGGACUACAGAAGGGGAGAUCAGUAAAAGGAAGACAAGUCAGGGGGCUUUUCAGUUAUUUUCAUUAAAUAUUAAGUACCUGAUAUUUAAUAAGCAUUGUUCUAGGCACAGGGAGAACAGCAGUAAUGAAAAAAGUCCUUGCCCUAAUGAAGUUUACAUUUUUGAGGGGAGAGAGAGACAUAAACAAACAUGAAAACUGUGUUAGAUGGUGAUAAAGCAGAAAGAGAGGUGGGGGUCCUGUGGGCAUGGGGAGAGUAUUUCUAUUUUACAUAGAGUACUUAGGGAAACACUUCCUAAAAAACUAACAUUUGAGUAGAGCCCUGAAGAGAGCAAUCCAGACCUAGGAUAUCUGAGGGAAGAGCAUUCUAGAUAAAGGAAACAGGAGGUGGGAAGAACCUGGAGCCAGGAAUGAAUCUGGUGUAACUAAGGAAAGUCAAGGAAGCAGUGUGGCUAGAGAAAGGAGGGAGCAAGGGGGAGAGUAGUAAGAGAUGAAAUUAGAGAGGCAUCGGGUGGUUGUGCGGGGCCUUGUAACCCAUUGUAAGGACAUUGGAUUUUACUCUGAGUGACAUGAGAACCACCGGAAGGUUUGAACAGAAGACGGAUGGGACCGUCCUGGCUCCUGUGCAAGAGUGGUAACCCACUGGAGUUGAUUCCAACGCAUAAAGGGGUGGUAAAAAGGAAGUUAGACUGCAGUAAUCUAAGUGACAGAGAAGAUGGCGAAUUAGAAGAUGGUGAAAUAGAUGAUGCAGGAUUUGAAGAAACACAAGAACAGGAAGCAAAAGAGGAUGAAAAGCAGAAAAGUGACAAAGCCUGCAAAAAAUCAAGAAAAAAACACAAGAAAGAAAGAGAGAAGAAAAAAUCCAAAAGGAGAAAACGUGAGAAACACAAGCAUAAUUCUCCAUCUAGUGAUGAUAGUUCAGACUAUAGCCUUGCUUCCGAUGUCGAACAUACUGAAAGUUCCCGUCAAAAAGGAGCUGGUUUCUACAGGGAUUAUAACAUUCCAUUUCCUCAGAGUGGACAUAUAUCAGGAAGCUACAUGACAUCCCAGAAAGGUCAACAUAACAAAAAAUAUAAAAAUAAAGAAUAUGAUGAAUACAGUACCUACAGUGAUGACAACUUUGGUAACUACGGUCAGGAAACAGAGGAAGAUUUUGUCAAGCAACUGAAACAAUACAGACAAGCUAAAGAAAUCUCAAGUACUACUUUAGGAUCAUCGUUUUCUAAAGAACCAGGGAAAAAACAGAGAAUGAAAGGAUUCCAGCAAGGUAUUGAACAGAGGGUUAAAAGUUAUAACGUUGGUUGUGGACGUGGUUUGCAGAAGAAGGUCAAACGCAAAGACCAUGGGGGAAGAUCCAAUAAAGGUCCUAAUGUUUUUUCAGGAGUGGAUGACUUUCAAGAGAAUAGUAAACAAGGGAAAAAAUGGAAGGUUAUGACUCAGGAAUUUAUUAAUCAGCACACAGUGGAACAUAAAGGAAAACAAAUCUGCAAAUACUUUCUAGAAGGGAGAUGUAUUAAGGGAGAUCAGUGUAAAUUCGAUCAUGAUGCAGAGUUGGAGAAGAGAAAAGAGAUCUGCAAAUUUUAUUUACAAGGAUAUUGUACCAAAGGAGAAAACUGCAUUUAUAUGCAUAAUGAAUUUCCAUGCAAGUUCUAUCAUUCUGGAGCAAAAUGUUACCAAGGAGACAACUGUAAAUUUUCUCAUGAUGAUCUGACUAAAGAAACAAAGAAACUUUUGGACAAAGUGUUGAAUACUGAUGAAGAACCCACAAAUGAAGAUGAAAGAGAAUUAGAAGAACUUAGAAAACGUGGCAUAACUCCUCUUCCCAAACCACCUCCAGGAGUUGGGCUUCUGCCAACCCCACCAGAGCAUUUUUCUUUUUCUGAACCUGAAGAUGAUUUUCUGACAGAUCUUUCUGAUGAUUUCAAGAAAAUUCCAUCUCUUUUUGAAAUAGUUGUAAAACCUACUGUGGAUUUGGCACACAAGAUUGGGAAGAAAACACCAGCAUGUUAUAACAGUGCCUCACCACCAGGACCACAAUUUCAGGGAAGCAGCCCACACCCUCAACACAUCUAUAGUUCUGGGUCAAGUCCUGGACCUAAUGUGUCUCAGGAACACAACAGUCCUGUGAUGCACCCGGGCUCCCCUGGACAUCACCCGUGUGCAGGAACUCCUGGUCUACCUAUGCCACAGAGCCCACCUUUGCCGCCUGGCCCGCUUGGAGUUGUAGGCACUCACAGUCAAGCUGGAGUACUCGUCCAACCAGGUCCACCUUUGAUACCACCUAGUAUGAGUGGUUCUCACCACUCCUCGGACUUUGAAGGACACACGAUGAAUGUAUCUCUAGAAAACCACUCUUCUCCAGGUUCAUUACACCAGCAAAGUCCUGGUGAAGUGCAGCGCGACACCAGUUGCGAGUCCCUACAGAAGCCGGCUGAGUGUUAUGGGCAUUACUAUCAUCAUGCUGUCCACAGUCUCCAGCUUCCCAGUAGCUCUGGUGAUGAAAUAUGGCAUGGUGAAUUUGCCCAGCAUCAGCCUCCCAUUGUUCAGGACUCACAUAACCACAGGAGUGGGUGUGACGGCAGCAGUUUGACGGCCCACAGCCCUCUGACUGCACCAGGUCUCCUCCCUGCAGUACAGAGGGCACUUUUUCUGAGACUUACUCAGAAAUACCAAGAAGAUGAAGAACCAAACAGCACUGAGCCUCACAGGGCACCAAGCAAGGAAGAAGAUGGCACUGUUGACUGGUACUCCAGCAGUGAAGAGGAAGAAGGGAGCAGUGUCAAGUCAAUACUGAGAACACUGCAGAAACAAACAGAAACCUUAAGGAAUCAGCAACAACCUUCAACAGAACUCAGCACUCUUACUGAUCCAAGACUUGCUAAAGAGAAAAGUAAAGUACACCAAGUGGUUGACCCUAGACUUAGGACUAUCCCAGGGCAAGGCAUUAGGAAACCUCUUGAGCCUGCCCCGCUGGAUCUUAGACUUGUGUGGGAUCCCAGGAAAUUAAGAGGGAAUGGAAGUGGUCGUGUAGGCUCUUCUGUUGGUGGAGCCAAGUGUGAUUUACGUCAUGCAAAUGCUGGCACUAAUGUCAAGCACAAAAGAGGAGAUGAUGACGGAAAUGCAGAAAGAGAACUGAGAGAAAAAGCUUUCUUAAUACCUUUAGAUCCUUCACCUGGUGUAAUGCUCCAGGAUCCAAGGUCACAAUUGAGACAGUUCAGUCACAUUAAAAUGGAUAUUAUCCUAGCAAAACCAAACUUUGCAAAACACAUCGUGUGGGCUCCAGAAGAUUUACUUCCAGUACCUUUACCUAAACCUGAUCCAAUAUCUUCAAUCAAUUUACCUCUACCCCCUCUUAUAGCUGACCAGAGGCUCAAUAGGUUAUGGGAUGCAAAAAGUGAUGUUCAUCAGAACACAGUGCCCACUGAUCUCAAAUUAGCAGCCAAAGCCAAAAGUAACACAACAAACAGAGAAGGCUCCCUAGAACAGUUUGGAGAAUUUCAUGGUUCAGGAGGUAAAUUAGGAGAUCCCAGGCUGCAAAAACAUUUUGAUCCUAGACUUCACAGACUGUCCCAUGCAGAGGUGCAUCAGGUAGUUACCAAGGAUUCACACACACCUAAGGGUGCCCCUCGUUCAGCAAGAUCAAACCCUGGUUCAUCACAGCCCUCAGGGGCAGUCACUAGCGAUCCUGGGCCCAGGACUCUGCCUCCAUAUGCCUCUAAACUGUCAUCGUCAGCUGGCCUUCCACUGGGAACUCCAAGUUCAGUUCUUAGUGGUAUUAGUUUGUAUGGUCCUAGGGAGCAUGGUUCAUUAUCUACAUCUGAGCUAGCAACAGUUUCUUUAGGAGAAAAUGCAGAAAGCCAGAAAAAAAGUGGUGAUUUAAAAAGUAGUGGCAAAAAUGAGCCUUCUCCUGCAGAAGCAGUCCUGCCACAGAAAACCACUUCAAAUAUGGAAGUCACUGUUGAUGGGCCAGCUGACCACCAGGCAGAUCCUCUCAGGAGUUCUGGUAUGGUGCAGGCCCCAGCAGUGCACAGUCUUCCUAUCCCGGCAUUAACAGGCUUAAUUAGACCCCAGUACAGCGAUCCCAGGCAGCCAAGGCAGCCGGGACAGGCGAGCCCGGCCUCAGAUCGUGAUCCCAGUAAAGAAGCGGAUGACAAAUCUUUGAAAGAGGUUUUCAAAACUUUUGAUCCAACUGCCUCACCAUUUUGUUAGCUAUUGUGUUAUUAAGUGAAUCUUUUCACUCUUGUGACUAUUGCAGUCUUUUGCUGUUUGUAACUGGUUUACCUCUAUAGUUUGUUUAUUUUUAAAUUCUAAACACUUUUCAGCUGCUAGUAUUAGAACCACAUGAAGUUAUAUCCUCUAAAUCCUGUCGUAUUUUAUAUAAUAUUUUUAUAACUUUAAGAGACUUAGUAAUUGACAUAAAAACCUAUAUAUCAUGUUAGCUUCAGUAAAAGUACGUUUAUUGUAAAUAAACCAUCAUGAACUCAACACUCUGUCUGAAUAUAUGCCAGUUGGCUUUCAUAAUCAAUGUUUAGAUAAAUGAUUACCACUUUUAUAUGGUUGUUUAGUUUCAAGCAAUAUGAUGUACAUUACUUUUGAGAAGUAGUAUUUGUCAGCACAGACUGAUUAAUAUGUAAUGCUACUGCUAACUAAAAUAUAAAACGGAGUAGAGAAAACGUUUUAAAAUCAUGAUUAGCAGAACAGUUCAUGUUAAAGGCAUCACUUUUAUUAGUAUUGGCAAUAGUAUUCGUGUAAAUGAAGCAUUUUAAUGUCAUAUCUUUUAAAAGUAUUUUAUGUAUUCUGUAUAAUAGAAGUUGAAAGUAUAUAAAUAGACUGUUUGCUAAAGUGAAAAAUUCCCAAGUUCUCUAACAUAAUUUUUUAAUUUAAUUUUUCAUAUUAAAUAGUAUGAGUUUCUGCUGUGUUACAUUGUGAUGUUUAUGUAUUUCCAUGUAUUUUUGUCUUUAGCAGCAUAAUUUAUAUUACUUUUUCAAAUAAUGUAGCACAAUAAUUGUAUUCAUUAUGACUUUGUCAAAUAUUAACGAAAUUUUAAAAGCUCCAGUGAGAGUCUGUAGUGAUUAUUACACUGAUAAUGUUUUAAAUGCCCAGGUACCAUAUUUUUACUUAAAUAGCAAGAAAACAUAGAGAUUGCAGGUAUAGUCAACUGUAUAUGGCCACUAAUAAAGAAUCUCUUUCAGACCUCACCCGACUGGCAUUCUAUAGCAGAGGGGACUAGCUGGUGUUUUAAGCAUUUAAUGUCCUCAUAGUUCGUAGAUCUCUGACUUGAUUGGAAAUUGUAUUUUUAUGAAAAAUAACUCAUAUUCAUUUCUGUGUAUUUAUUGAGGUAUGUAAAUAAUUACAGCCCUAUUUGUUUCACACAUAUAUUAUUUACAACUGAAACUAAGUAUUGCACUCCUACUCUUCUCUUAAACUGGAGGUAUACAUGUUACAAUGAUUGCUGGUAACAACUCAUUGUAAAACAUAAUGAAAGUAGAGGAAAGUUAAGGUUUCAAAUUUAGCCUAACCAGUUCUUAAAUGAAAACAACCACUCUUGAGAGGAGAUUUUAAAAAUACACAACAAAAUAUUUCUGUGAGAACCUAAUAAUAGCAUAUGGUUUAAUAAUAGCAAAUGACCUCUCUAUUCACUUCUUUUGUGUUGUGCUCUGAUUCCAUGUUAAAAUGGGGUCGUAGUUAAGUGAACAAAAACUGUCCACAUAGGAGGUGCUUUUUUGUUAAGUGGAAGGACAGUAUUCAAGGGCAUAUGGAUUCCUACUGUUAUACUUUGGUUACAUUGUUGCUCAAGAUGGCCCUGGAUGGCAUUUUUGGGUUUAAAAAUGCAUAUUAUAAGCCACCAUAGAAAGUAUUUUCUAGUUUACUCUCUGAACAAACUAAGUCAAUAAAAUGGAUAAAACUGACAGAAAAAAAAAAAGAGACCCAUAAAUAUGCUGUAUAUUCCAAAGUGUAAUUUACUCUUUUACCAGGAUGAAAUGGAAAAAUUGCUGAAUUUUAGUAAUUAGAAAUUUUUAACAAAUCUUUAAUUCAUUCUUGUACUUUAUAAUCAAUUGUGUUAAGUAAUGCAGUCCACAUUUUAAAUAUCAUACAGAGAGGAUACUUUGGCU